GAUUUGGAAAGAUUUCAAAGCAGAAACCACACUGUGGUUUGGUUUAGUGUCAUUUAGCAGGUCAACUGAUUUAUUCUGACACACGGGAGCGAAAUGAUUGAUUUAUGCAGAGGACAUCUCUCUCUGUGGUGCACUUUUCUGUUGUGUUUCCUCCACGGUUCUGUGUCCACAGAUGGGAUCAUAGCCACAGUGGGAACAGAUGUUACUUUGAUUUGCAACUAUGAUGCCAAAUACUAUGGCAAGCUGUCUGCAUGCUGGGGCCGGGGAGCCAUCCCCAGUAGAGGAUGUGCCGACGAGGUGAUCAAGUCAGACGGGUCAGCGAUGGUGAGCAGGCUGUCAGAGCGUUACCUGUUCAUGGGUAACCUGGAGGAGGGGGAUGUGUCGCUGACCAUCAGGCAGUUGGAGGAGAGCGACUCAGGGAUUUAUGGCUGCAGGGUGGAGAUACCGGGCUGGUUCAAUGAUCACAAACACCAGCUGACUCUGACUGUAAUGCCAGUGCGUCCAAACCCCUUGAGAGUGGAGACGAGAGAGGUGAAGGAAAGAACUAUCACUGUUCAGUGGAGUCAUGUAUUUGAUGGUGGCAGACCCAUCACAACCUACAGGAUUGAUCUCAAAAACAAACUGGCAUCCUGGGAUACUGCAGUGAGAACAGAAGUCUAUAACCCUGAACUGACUCAACUGACUCUGGUGGAUUUACGUCCAGCAAAGACCUACAACCUGCGCAUGUUUGCAGUCAACAGUGUUGGCAUGAGUGAAUCCAGCAAUGUUCUGACAGUCACCACUAAAGAAGCAGCACCAGAGGGUCCUCCCCUCGAUAUGCUACUUGAGGCCCUCAGUGCUAACAGCAUCAAAGUCACCUGGAAGCCCCCUAGACCCGAUCUGAGAAAUGGUGUCCUUAGAAGUUACAGCGUCAGCUACAGAGAGUAUGAUCCUAAAGGCAGACAAUUCAGACGGUGGCAGCACUUAAGUGUGACGGCCACACGAGAGGUGGAGAGCGUCAUCUUGAACUACCUGAAGCCUUCUUCCAUGUACGGCGUUCUUAUACAGGCCAAAACCAACGCAGGGAUAGGACCUGCCUCCACCGCCCCUCUCUGCUCCACUUUGGAUGAGGUUCACAGAACUUCAACAGCAUCGAGUACAAGUUCUUCAUCCACUGCUGCUACUUGGAUUCAAGACAACACAAGCUCUACGACAGCUGUAACAAUGGAGGCUGUUACUGCCACUACAGUGUGGGGAGAAGGAACUACAAGUAGCACAUCAGUGCCACCGGAUCCCCCUAUGGUUAAUAUAAAGGAAGUGAAAGGAAGCACAAUCUCUCUUUUAUGGACUCCUGGGUUUGAAGGUGACAGCCCCAUAACUGGGUUUUGCCUGGAGUAUAAAGCAGUGAACGCCUCAUGGGAUAACACAAAGACAGUUGUGGACUUCAGCCCGAACCAGACAGAAGCUACCAUCAUAGAGAUAAAUCCUUCUACCUACAACAUCCGCAUGUUUGCAAAGAACAGUGUGGGCACCAGUAGAGCGAGCAACAUCCUCACCAUCACCACAGAGGAAUCAGGUCAUCAGAGUGAUGAUCUCUUUACCACUGUUUCCACUGACACUCAUGCUGCUGCCAGCAUCACUGAGGGUCAGAGCGGAGGUAAACUAGCCGCCAUCGUAUUGCCAGUGCUGCUGGUGGUGUUGUCUGUUGCUGUUGUGACCGCAUGGCAACUUCGACGAAUUAAACAGAAAAAGGGCAGUCUGAGCAUGUGGCUGACCAAUGGAGCGCUACGCUACAAAGGAUCUGAGUCACUACAAGAGCUGUAAACUGAAUUUCUUCAUGCUUUAGCCUUAAACUUUCAGUAAGGAUUUCAUCAUUUUUUAUUCUUAAUUCUUAUGUGAAAUUAUGAAAUUCUGUCAGUACCAAAUCUGUUAAGACACCAAAUAUAUAUAUUCUAAGACUCACUGUCUACUUAGGCUGGCCAAACACUUGAGCAUUGGUUCCCAUCCUGGGGCCUGAACCCCCUAAGGGGCGGUGCCAAAGAUCUCAGGGGGCUUUGUCUGCUUUGAGGUUGUCAAAAUUAGAUCGACAUAUAUCAACUUCAGUCAUGACAAAAUGUUACUGAAAUAGUCUGUACAAAUGUUAUGAUAAACAUAAAGAUAACGCUGUUGUCGGGCCAAUACCUCAUAUCUCCAAAAUCACCACUUUUCAGGGAACGAAAAAAAAUCUGUAUUUUUAAAUAAAUUUCACACUGAACAUCAUAGUCAGCAUCUUUUAAAUGCUUUAUAAUGUGUUCAAAUCCACUGACAGUAAAGGGUGAUUAAUAGCACAAGUUAGGAAAGAAACUAAAAUAAUGAAAAAUGGAGAUAGCUACAAGGUUCUAGCCCAACACCAGAGUUAUGCUGACCAAUUUUCUGAAGGUUUUGUCUAUUAAACAUUUAAAACUGA